UAUCUACUAGUUUUCACCGUUUGGGUGUGGGAGUUUCCCACGCUUUGUCAGAAGUCCUGGUCCCACCGUUUCAUUGAACGGAGAAAAAACGUCUCGAGGCCUCCCAGAGUCCAAACUGGCUUGGGUAUCAAAAUUGGCAUCUCAGGUUCCCGCGCUUUACAUAACUGAGAAGAAGAAGAAGAAUAAGAUCACUGAGCACUGCUCUUGACUCUUCCUGCUAUAAAAUGGCUGCGAUUUGGCGUUCCCGUCAUUCUCGCAAGUUUCUUCAAUCAUCUCCCUCUCUCUCCUCUUCACUCUCUCCAUUUUUUCCACUUUCAAACCCUAACCCUAUUCCUAAACCUAAUCCUAAUCCUACCAGUUCUCCUAUCAAAUCCUUUGAACGCACUUACUUCGACUAUCAAUUUUCUCGAGAAAAUUUGAGCUGCUUUUCCAGGGAAAAUUUCAAAUUCGGUCAAUGCGGCUCAAUUUGCAGAUUCGGUGCUGGAAUCUCCACGUCCUCGUCUGGUGUUGCCGAGAAGGAUGAUGAGGAUCGGGGAAGAGAUGACGGUGGCGGCGAAAGGCCAAAGGUUCAAGAUUUGUCAUGGAUUGAUUUGUAUCUCCCGAAGCAGGCGCGUCCCUACGCGCGUCUUGCUCGCUUGGAUAAGCCAAUUGGGACGUGGUUGCUUGCCUGGCCAUGUAUGUGGUCAAUUACGCUGGCUGCAAACCCUGGACACUUUCCUGAUAUUAAGAUGUUGGCACUAUUUGGUACUGGGGCUUUGCUAUUAAGGGGUGCUGGAUGUACCAUAAAUGACCUCCUUGAUCAGGAUAUUGAUCCAAAGGUGGAACGCACAAAACUGAGACCAAUUGCAAGUGGUAUUUUAACACCGUUUCAAGGGCUUUCUUUUCUUGGAUUUCAAUUGCUCCUGGGUCUUGGGAUUCUCCUUCAACUCAACAAUGACAGCCGCAUUUUGGGAGCUUCAUCCUUACUGCUAGUCUUCUCCUAUCCCCUCAUGAAGAGGCUGACAUUUUGGCCUCAAGCCUAUCUAGGUUUAACCUUUAACUGGGGAGCUUUAUUAGGAUGGUCUGCAGUUAGAGGAAGUUUGGAUCCUGCCAUUGUCUUCCCACUGUACAUUUCUGGAGUGUGUUGGACUCUUGUGUAUGACACAAUUUAUGCACAUCAGGAUAAAGAAGAUGAUUUGAAGGUGGGUGUUAAAUCCACGGCCUUGAGAUUUGGGGACUCAACAAAGGAGUGGCUUUCAGGGUUUGGAAUUGCUUGUAUUAGUAGUCUUGCCCUCAGUGGAUUCAAUGCUGAUCUUGGAUGGCCUUAUUAUGUGGCUUUGAUGGCUGCAUCUGGGCAUUUAACGUGGCAGAUUUGGACAGUUGACUUAUCAUGCCGUGCUGAUUGCAAUAGGAAGUUUGUGUCCAACAAGUGGUUUGGUGCUAUUCUUUUUGGGGGAAUUUUGCUUGGAAAACUCUCAUCAUAACGGUAUUAUUACUUUUUAGAACAGUUUCUUUUACGAACACUGAUUUUUGUUCAUCCUUUGGGUACUUAUUCAUGGUCAUUUCCACUCAGGAACAUUGCUAAUAUUCUGUUUUCGUUCAUGUUGGAAAAUUAUUAUUUUCUUGUCUUGAUAUUGGCCGGAAAGAUUAUAAAGUACCUCUUUAGUGAGACUGGUUUUGCCAAUUUUCUGAAUCAGAUAUCAAAUGCCUCCAGAAGAACUGGAAUCUCAGGACUGGGUUUUGUUUGGCUGAUUCCUAAAUCACUGGGACAAGCCCCUUUGACCAUAUCUUAAUAAAAAAAGGGUCGGAUAUGGAAGUCUCAUACCCAUUAGUUGAAAGCUACCUUAAUCAAAAAUUGGAAUCUAGAGUGAACAGGGCUUUUAGGAAUAUGAACCCCUGUGGAGGCUUGAUUAUUCUUUUCGGACACACAGAUGCGUAGUGCAGUGAAUGUUGUAAUACGCUUUUUUUUUUUUUUUAAUUAUUCAUCAAUUGAUAUAGUUCUCAAUGUAUAAGUAAGCCUCUUUUUUUCUCUUUUUAA